AUGACGGAACUGAGGAAGACAUCGAUCUCCACGACACCAGGAACUGAGGAGACAUCGAUCCCCACAACACCAGGAACUGUGGAGACAUCGAUCUCCACGACACCAGGAACUGAUGAGACAUCAAUCCCCACAACACCAGGAACUGUGGAGACAUCAAUCCCCACAAUACCAGGAAUUGAGGGGACAUUUAUCCCAACAACACCAGGAACUGUGGAGACAUCAAUCCAAACAACACCAGGAACUGAGGUGACACCAAUCCCAACAACACCAGGAACUGUGGAGACAUCAAUCCCCACAACAUCAGGAACUGUAGAGACAUCAAUCCCCACAACACCAGGAACUAAGGGGACAUUAAUUCCCACAACACCGGGAACUGAGGGGACAUCUAUCUCCUCAACACCAGGAGUUAAGGGGACAUCAAUCUCCACAGGAACUGGGGGUACAUCAAUACCAACAACACCAGGAACUGUGGAGACAUCAAUUCCCACUACAUCAGGAACUGAGGAGAUAUCAAACCCUACAACACCAGGAUCUGAGAAGAAACUAAUCCCCACAACGCCAGGAACUGAGCUGACAUCAAUCCCCACAACACCAGGAUCUGUAGAGACAUCAAUCCCCACAACACCAGGAACUAAGGGGACAUUAAUCCCUACAACACCAGGAACUGUGGAGACAUCAAUCCCCACAACACCAGGAACUAAGGGGACAUCAAUACCCACAACACCAGGAACUGUGGGGACAUUAAUCCCCACAACAUCAGGAACUCUGGAGACAUCAAUCCCCACAUAA